AUGCCGUGGUUCCCGGUGAAGAAGAUCCGCAAGCAACUCAAACUGCUGCUGCUGCUGGUGUUACUCACCUGCGCCGCGUGGCUCACCUAUGUGCACCUGAGUCUGGUGCGCCAGGGCCGCGCGCUGCGUCAGCGGCUGGGCUACGGGAGAGACAGUGAGAAGCUAGCCGGGGUGACUGACAACCGAGGCGUCCGGGCUGCACCAUUCACACAAAGGAUGGAGGAUUCCAGCGAGAGCCCUGAGGAGGGACAGGCGGUGGAAGGUCAGGACCCACACAUGCUCUUUUCUGGGGGGGCUGGGAGGCCUCCCCCACUGAACCUCACUCGUCAGACCCCCCCAUGGCAGGAGGAGUACAAGGGAAAGGCCAACCUGCAUGUGUUCGAAGACUGGUGUGGUGGAGCCGUGGGCCACCUGAGACGGAACCUGCACUUCCCACUUUUCCCCCACACUCGCACCACCGUGAAGAAGUUGGCUGUUUCCCCCAAGUGGAAAAAUUAUGGACUUCGGAUUUUUGGCUUCAUCCACCCGGCCAGAGAUGGAGACACCCAGUUCUCUGUGGCCUCAGACGACAACUCCGAGUUCUGGUUGAGCCCCGACGAGAGCCCGGCAGGCGCCCAGCUUGUGGCUUUUGUGGGCAAGACUGGCUCAGAGUGGACGGCACCUGGAGAAUUCACCAAGUUCAGCUCCCAGGUGUCCAAGCCGAGGCGGCUCAUGGCUUCCCGGAGAUACUACUUCGAGGUGCUGCACAAACAGGACAACCAAGGCUCGGACCACGUGGAAGUGGGUUGGCGUGCUUUCCUCCCAGGUCUGAAGUUUGAGGUCAUCGACUCCGCCCACAUCUCCCUUUAUACAGAUGAGUCAGCCCUGAAAAUGGACCACGUGACCCACGUACCCCAGUCUCCUGCCAGCCACGUGGGGGGGAGACGUCCGCAGGAAGAGUCCAGUGCCGACAUGCUGCGUCCUGACGCCCGAGACACAUUCUUCCUCACUCCUCGGAUGGAGCCCGCGCACCUGGAGAACGUGCUGGAGACGUGCACCUACGCUCCCACCUACGUCGUCAAGGACUUUCCCAUCGCGAGAUACCAGGGGCUGCAGUUUGUGUACCUGUCCUUCGUGUAUCCCAAUGACUACACACGCCUCACACACAUGGAGAUGGACAACAAGUGCUUCUACCGCGAAUCGCCCCUGUAUCUGGAAAGGUUCGGAUUCUAUAAAUACAUGAAGAUGGACAAGAAAGAGGGGAACCAAGAAGAGGAAGAAGUGCAACGCCGGGCCUUCCUCUUCCUCAACCCCGAUGACUUCCUGGAGGAGGAGGACGAGGGCGAGUUGGAACCCUCAGAAGCAGCCAGGCCACAGAGCCGACGCCCCUCCCCAGCCCCUCCCACCACCACCAAGGCCACCCCCUGGCCCCCAACACCUCCCAAUCCCCUGGACACCAGGACCUCCCGGCGCUCCAGGGUGCUGAGCUGGGCCGCCCGGGCGCCGCCGCGGCCACUCUUACUGGGCCGUGCUCCCAGACCCCGCACAGAGGCCCGGCCACCGCCCCCCAAGGUCUACGUGACGCGGGUACGGCCAAGAAAGCAAACGCCACCCCAAGCUCCCCGGGCCCCAAUGCCACUCGGACCCCGUGGCCGCCCCUGGGCCCCCUUCCCAGGCGUCUUCCUCCGCCCCAGGCCUUUGCCCAGGGUGCAGUUGCGGGCGCCCCCACAGCCGCCCUGCCCGGGCCGCAGGACCGCUGUCCCCCUAGCCCGGCCUCAGACCACCCAGGGGGGCCAGGUGCACACGCCAGCACUCGCAGUGCCCACAGCAGACUCGAACUGGUCUGAGGCUCGAUCCGUCACCUCCUUCCUGAGCUUGUCCCAGGUGUCCAGACCCCAGCUGCCUGGGGAGGGCCAGGAGGAGGAGGAAGAAGAUGGAGACGAAGAUGGGGCCCCAGGCGACGAUGAGGCCACCUCGGAGGACAGUGAGGAGGCAGCUAGCCCCGCGGAGGGUCACGGUCACUGGCAGGAGGACGCCAUUGACUGGCAGCGCACGUUCAGCGUGGCUGCUGUGGACUUCGAGCUACUGCGUUCCGACUGGAAUGACCUGCACUGUAACGUAUCAGGGAACCUGCAGCUGGCCGAGGCCGAGGCUGUGGACGUGGUGGCUCAAUACAUGGAGCGGCUCAAUGCUCGUCACGGCGGGCGCUUCGCGCUUCUGCGUAUCGUGAACGUGGAGAAGCGCCGAGAUUCAGCGCGCGGUAGCCGCUUCCUGCUGGAAUUGGAGCUGCAGGAGCGCGGGGGCGGCCGCCUGCGUCUAUCCGAGUACGUCUUCCUGCGGUUGCCGGGGACCCAUGCGGGAGACGGGGAUGAGGACCCAGGGAGCCCCGCGCCCGCUCCCGCCACCUCUCCGCGCCCUGACGGCCGCCCGGAACUCUGCCGGCCACUGCGCCUGGCCUGGCGCCAGGAUGUGAUGGUGCACUUCAUCGUGCCAGUGAAGAACCAGGCACGUUGGGUAGUGCAGUUUCUGAUGGACAUGGCCACGCUACACACCCGCACCAAGGACUCGCGCUUUAGCAUCAUCUUGGUGGACUUUGAGAGCGAGGACAUGAAUGUGGAGCAGGCCCUGCAGGCAGCUCAGUUGCCCCGGUACCAGUACCUGAGGCGAACCGGAAACUUCGAGCGCUCAGCUGGGCUGCAGGCAGGAGUGGAUGCUGUGGAGGACCCCAGCAGCAUCGUCUUCCUCUGUGACCUGCAUAUCCACUUCCCCGCCAACAUCCUGGAUAGCAUCCGCAAGCACUGUGUGGAAGGCAAGCUAGCCUUCGCACCUGUGGUCAUGCGCCUGGGCUGUGGGAGCUCACCUAGAGACCCACACGGCUACUGGGAGGUGAAUGGCUUUGGCCUCUUUGGCAUCUACAAAUCUGACUUUGAGCGCGUCGGUGGCAUGAACACCGAGGAGUUCCGAGACCAGUGGGGGGGCGAGGACUGGGAGCUCCUAGACAGGGUCCUGCAGGCAGGGCUGGAGGUGGAACGGCUCCGACUGCGGAACUUUUUCCACCAUUACCACUCCAAGCGGGGGAUGUGGGACACACGAAACCGGAAGGGCUCCCACACAGACUGA